CUCCAUUAGAAAGGAUCGUCCCAGGACGUUGAAUGACUAAAAAUAAAGCGCUCGUGAUUGCGCCCACGUUGAGAAUCCACCUCCCGUUAUGGACUUUUAGUUACGUAAAAUGAUCAUCCCGACCCGGACCAAAGAGUUUUUGUACAAAGCCGUCUGAAACGAGGAAGAAGAAAAUAAAAAGGUACAAAAACCGCCUCAGAUUUGUCCACACCCGUGAGGCUAGUACGUCUCUUGACACUCUCCUUCCUGCUCCCAUUAUCGCGUAGAAGAUGCAAGGAUAUCUUCUGGAUCUGUAGCAAAUACUUCUCGCUAUUCUACUCGCUUUUUCUCCACUUCUCCACCGGGAAAUCGCAAGAGCCGAACCUGCUUCGGCUGAUUGGCAGGUGAGAAACUUGUGGACAUAGGGGGAAAUAGACAACCCAAAAUGAACGCGAUCUUUGCGGUUGGCAGUUUGCUCAAUGGCGUCAAGAAGUCAGCCCCCGGGAGACGACCCUCAGGCCACUAUGAUUGGUCCUACCACCACGUUCUACGACCCCGACGAGCUCGUCCAGCAUCCCCAGGACGCCCAUGCCCAGCGAUACCAGCAAUGGAUGCAAUCCUACGACUACGGACAACAGCAGCAUCAUCACCAGCAGCAGCAGCAGCAGCAGCAGCCGGUGCAACAACCACCAGCUCAGCCUGCGAACUACUACCCGACAGAGCCGUAUCAACAGCAAAAUGACUACAAUAACUAUUAUCAAGGGUCUUCUAGCUACCAGCAGCAACAUCAGCAGCAUCACCCAGCACCGUCAUAUUCUGCUCCACCAGCAAAGCAACAGCAGAAGCAGACACCGAACAAGAGAAAGCGCGUACCAGCGAGGGAUAGCGAAUCCGAUGGCAGCGACGACGACAUCGGUAUCAGCGUAGGGGGCGUAAGCGGUGCAAGAGUCUCCAGAUUACCCGGCGCAUGCACCCACUGCAAGAAACUCAAGAUGAAGUGCGACUUCCCAGCCAACGAGAAUACAUGUAAGCGGUGCAAGACUGGUGGUCAUGUCUGCAUCGUCGAGGGGCGGAAACCAAGGACGGCACCCAACAAACGAGAAUAUCUUCUAGCACAGAUCCGGCAGAAAGACGCCAUCAUCGAGAGUCUCCUCAAGCAGCUGCACAAUCCGUACCUGGCGACACCUCUUUCUAUUGCCUCAUACCGUAUGGCGACUUCACCGUCCGAUGCCAGCAACCGCAACGUUCUCGCCUGGCUUGACCGUCUUCAGUCCAGUGUACAGAAUGCUGCUGGAGGUACGAGCUCGUUCAAUGAUCUCCGCGGGGGGGAUGAAGAUUCGGACGACGAUGAAGGUGGGAGUCGAGUGACGCAUGCCCAACGGUAUGGUUUGGUUCCCCGAGACGAGGAGGAGGAGGAACAGGAAGAGACACAAACGGCACUUCCCGAUUCACAUGUUCCUCUCGGGCUCAUUGCGAAUUUGAGUUUGACAUCGCAUCAGGGAACUAAGAAGGGCAAGGGAAAGAAGGGUGACGACGUGGACGACGACAAUGUUGGUGUGGCGAAUGAGACCUAUUUUAUGCCUGGUCCUGCAACCAAUCUGGACAUUCGUGCCACGUUGAUAGAGGAACACAGUCCUCCAGAGAUACUGGUGCACGGCCUUGUGGCGCCGGAAGAUGUCGAGCGGUUGUUUGACAUUUUCUACAAACAUGUUAAUCCGUUCGUAUCCCUCCUUGACCCUGUUCUACACACUCCGCAAUCAACAUUCGCAAGAUGUCCUUUCCUCUUCACGGUUAUAUGCGCCAUUUCCUCCAGAUACCACCCUCCGAAGUCCAGUAUCUAUCCCAUUGCGAUGCAUUUUGCCAAGCAUUCUGCUGCAAACGCCCUCAUUGACGGCUGGAAGAGCGUUGAGCUGUGCCAGGCGUAUAUUUUGAUGAGUAUCUACGCCGUGCCUGCCAGGCGAUGGGAGGAAGAUCGGAGUUGGCUAUAUACGGGUCUGGCCAUCCGUAUUGCCACCGACCUAAACUUACACCAACUUCCUACUACAAAACCGACGAAUGAAAAGCAGGAACGCGAGAUUCUCAACCGGAUCCGUGUGUGGCAAAUCUGCUUCAACCUCGACCGCUCGACAGCGACUCAGUUUGGAAAACCUUCAACGAUCAAAGAGGAUUCCAUCAUUCGUCAUUCGGCGGACUGGUAUAAAAAGUCUCGUUACAACAUCGACUACGAUGUGCAUAUGUGCGGAUAUACCGUAUUAUUGCGCAUCGUGGCGAGGUUCCAUGAUGAAGUUUUCGCCGAGGGCAGUGGACUAAGCAGCCUGAAGAGGGUGGACUUCCGGGACGUAACGAUGAGGUAUGACCGGGAGUUGGAGGCAUUCAAAGAAGAAUGGGAGGGGCGGUUCAAAGCCGUUGGUGGUGAUCGCGGGGCUGAGUUCAGGUGCAGCCUAUUGCCAUUUUUGGUGGGCUAUUCCCGCUUGGUGAUGUUUUCGUUUGGAUUCCAGCAGGCAUUCCAUAGAGGUAUUCAAGCAGGCGAUGACCUGUUUUUCAACAAGUGUCUUGCAUCCGCUAAGACGGUGAUCAGGUGCAUGAAUGAAGAACUAGCGCCAAGUGGGUUCAUGCGGUACGCGCCAGAUGGUCACUUUAUCUUCGCAGCUUUCGCGUCUGCGUUCCUACUCAAGCUCCUUCGACCCGAAUUUUCUGCUCUUCUUAGCAAAGGCGAUGAAGACGAAAUCUUUGACCUCAUUGGGACUCUGAUUCAGAAGCUCAGCUCAUCCAGCAUCGCUAUCGACGACCGACAUACGCCAAAGUUGUACGCCAGAUUCUUGGCCACACUGCUAGGCAAGUAUCGGCGCGAUGGCCAGGGAGCGACUGUCGGACGUUUACAGACUAUUCCUCCAAGUAAUAUGGGCGGACCUGGUAACGGGGGUGGCGGUAUGGGCGGAGGGGGUGGUGAAUACCAGCAGUUCUCGGUGGCCCAAGAGCAGAACGGUUACCACACUGCGAGUUAUCAGCCCACUCAACAGCAACAACCGCAAACACCAAUUUAUAGGCCAGAAGCGACAUACGCGGCUGGCGCCGGACCGAUUCAGUUCGGAAAUGAUCUUGAAUAUUAUAGUUUCGAUUAUGGGAGCGGGAAUGUCAAUGGAAACGGGGUCGUUGGGAGUCCUGGAGGUGGAGAUGUUGAUAUGCUCGCGUCGAUCCAGGCGCUCAAGAAUCCCGAGUGGUGGCAAGGAAUGCUGAUGCCUGGUUUUACGUGGCCGCAGGCAAAUUCUCCUGGAAGUGGAGGAUCUGCGAGUUCAACUCCACCGGCAACGUACACUCACGUUCACCACCAGAAUACGUAUGGGGCCUACCAACCACAGCAGGUGAUGGUGCCCAUGCACUAACAGUAAGUAUUCUGGUAAUAAAACGAUUUGCUUGCGUAGAAUAUCUGGUUACAUUCUAGUGUAUUAUGAGUCUGCUUUCUUGCUUCGUUGUACGAUACCUCCGUAUAUCGUUGUUGUAAUCUGAUCUGUAAUGAAAAUGUCUUGCUUUACAGGACCCAA